UAAACUUUCUUUUAUUCUGCAUAACUUUUCAAUCAUUAAACUUUUUAGUAGGAAAAUUUUCUAAUUAAAAGGAUCUUUAUUAUUUUAGAGGUUUUAGAAUAAUUUUUUUUUUAAACCAUUUCAGCAUAUAUUUUGAAGAUUGUGAGCUAGCAAAAGUUGUAGUCAUUGAAGAGUUCUACAAAAUCAAAGAAAAGGAGGUUUCCCCCUAUCGGACGACAUAGCACAUAAUUAUUACCGUCCAAAGUUAGCAAAAUCACUAAAUGAUCCAUUUGGAGCAGCAAACGACCUUAUUUAGAGAAGACGGGCCAAACAACCUUCGACAUUUGCAGUUGCAGAGAUCUAAAAAGUUUAUCUAGAGUAAAUUUUUUGCACCAAUCCGAUAGUCGAACGAAAAGUAACGGUGGUUUUAUAUUACAACGUUUAUUAGACCGAAUCAAAUCACCAAAAAAACUAGGGUAAUACCCAAUGGGUUUGGAAAACUCAAACUCAACCCAAUCCGCUGGAUAUUCGCGGGUUCAUGGAUACCCAUGGGUUCUACAAAUGCAUAAUAACUUCCUGUCAAAAUAAAAGUCUAACAUUAUCAAUCUUCCCAUACAAAUUAUUCGUACAAAACACACCAAUCUAGAGAAUACAAGCAAAUCACAAAUUAUCCAUACAAAUUGUUCAACAUUAAAGGUAAAGAUCCAUAAACAACAUAAUUAAUUGUCAUCUUCUUCCUCCUUGUCCACUAAGCUUCUUCACUCUCCACUCCAUAAAAUGAACUUCAUUCUACACAAUUAGGAAAAAUAAAUUAUGCGGGUACGGCUUGGAACGGGUUGGGAUAUGGCUAAACCCAAACCCAAUCCAACCGGCAAAAUAGUAGAACUGGUUUAAACCUAAACCCGAUCCGUAAUCCGUCAAUAUGAGUUUUACUCGCUUUGAUCAGGUUGGAUCGGGUAGGGUAUCCGUGAAUAGGGUUACGUUGUCAUUCCUGGUUCGCAGUGCUUUUGCUAAAUUGCUUAGCCUAGGAGUGAUUUUGCUCAAGUUUCUUUUGUUGGCAAUGAUUUUCAACAAAAUCUCUAAACAUUGCAACAAUCUGCAGCAAAAUCGCUGACCAUUAUAGCGAUCUAGUCCAAACUUUUGUAGUUUGAGAAAUUUUUGAGGAAAUAAUGUAUAAUGAAUUUUGUUUUAACAAACUUAGUAUUUAGGGAAAAGAUCCCACUUUGUUCUGGGUAAUGAAGGACGUUGACCAUCCUCUUUUGUUUACAUAAGCAAAGAUGUCAUCACAUAUUCACAUUCGACUGGUGACUGAUGCUAUUGGGUGGCAACUUCAGUGCCAAAAGAUUAAAGAAUACUGUCCACAAACACAAAGACAAAGCAGCCGGUUCGACGUUGGGCUUCAGCCCAUUACCAACAAUCAACUGACGUUACUACGCAUUAUCUGUUCACUUGAUUAUACCCUCGUCCCGCUCCCUUAUAUAAACUCGCCCUCGCGCAGCCUCCAAUUCCCAAAUUCUGCACACACACAGAGAUAGAUAUCAGGAAAUUCCGCUUCGAUCUAGAUUUCCCUUUCCAGAUUUUCAUUUCCGAUUCGGUCAAGCAAAUAUGGUUGCGAAUCAGCCUGAGAAGGAAAAUCCGGUGCCGGCGUUUGGGUUGGCUGCCAGGGACCAAUCUGGAGUCCUCUCCCCCUUCAACUUCUCCAGAAGAGCGACAGGGGAGAAGGAUGUGAAGUUCAAGGUCAUCUACUGUGGGAUUUGCCAUUCGGAUCUCCACAUGAUCAAGAACGAGUGGGGCACCAGUACCUAUCCUCUUGUCCCUGGGCACGAGAUCGUGGGAGAAGUGACAGAGGUCGGGAGCCAAGUGGAGAAAUUCAAGGUUGGGGACAGAGUCGGGGUAGGGUGCAUUGUAGGGUCAUGCCGCUCCUGCGACAACUGCUCCAACAGCAUCGAGAAUUACUGCCCCAAAAUGAUCCUGACCUAUGCCGGCACCUACCACGACGGCACCGUCACCUACGGCGGCUACUCCGACGUCAUGGUCUGCGAUGAGCACUUCGUGGUCCGAGUCCCCGACGCCCUUCCUCUCGACGCCGCCGCCCCGCUGCUCUGCGCCGGGAUCACGCUGUACAGCCCGCUAAGGUAUUACGGGCUCGACAAGCCCGGGAUCCACUUGGGCAUUGUUGGGCUCGGUGGGCUGGGCCACGUCGGGGUCAAGUUCGCCAAAGCCAUGGGCGCUAAGGUCACCGUCAUCAGUACCUCCCCUGCCAAGAAGCAGGAGGCCAUUGAGCGACAUGGUGCGGAUUCCUUCUUGGUCAGCCGCGACCAGGAACAAAUGAAGGCUGCAAUGGGGACGCUGGAUGGUAUAAUUGACACAGUGUCAGCUGUGCACCCAAUUAUGCCCUUGAUCGGGCUACUCAAGACACAUGGGAAGUUGGUGUUGGUCGGCGCUCCGGAGAAGCCACUGGAGUUGCCAGUUUUCCCUCUGCUGAUGGGAAGGAAGAUAGUAGGGGGGAGUUGCAUUGGAGGGAUGAAGGAGACGCAAGAGAUGCUCGAUUUUGCAGCAAAGCACAACAUCACAGCUGAUAUCGAGGUUAUAUCGGCCGAUUAUGUGAACACGGCAAUGCAGCGCCUUGAGAAGGGAGAUGUUAAGUACCGAUUCGUCAUCGAUGUGGCCAAGACUAUGCAAGCUUAAGUUUUGUGAUCCGUUAGGGAGAAGCUAUGGGGAUUUUGUUAUGUUGGCUUGGUAAGAGGCAGCGUAGGAAGUGGAGAAGUGUGUGAUUAGUACUUACCAUCCUCUAGUGUUUUGAGAAGAAGAAGAAAGUGUUUGCUUUUAUUGCUGUCAUUGCUUGUGAAAAGGGUGAAAUAAUAAGUAACUUUGAUUUGUGUCUUAAAAUUUACAAGGAAAAUCCAGAAAUAAAAAGAUGUCUUUUUUUCUUCUUGGCAAAAUACACUUGUAUAGUUAAAACUAUCACCUUUGUGUCACUUAUAGUCACUUUUGGCGAAAUACCACUAAUAGCCACUUCCGUCCGAUUCUUUAACGCUGUUAACGUUAAGUGUGACUGGGCAAACGGAGAAGCUUACGUGGCCCGCCUGAGUUUUACACGUGGAUAAUAAUUAAAAAUAUACCAGAAACGCUAAUUCUACCCACCCACCUUUUUACUACGUCUUAUCCUCUUCUUCCAAUCCACCCACCAAACCCUACAAGUCGACACAAAUAGAUUUAAGAAUAGAGAACAUCUUAAACCCAAAAUCCAAAAUCUUAAACCCAGAACUACAAAUCACAACCCCGGACCUUCUAAAUCCCCAGCUCCCAUCUUCAGCAGCGACCAUCAAUUGAGAGCCGAGAUUGGGAGCGUGAAAUCCAGAAUCGCUACCAAUUGAGAGGGGGAAGUCGCUGGGGAAAAUCAUCGUAGCCGUCUUUGAGAAGAUCUUCACCACAAGGAUGGAGAUUUAAAAUCCAGAUCUGUAGACAGACAGAUCGGCCAAAAUCCUCCAUCACCUCUCCACAGCAACUGUCGUUCGUCAUGGGUCUCAACUCCUCCGUUGCCGAUUUCCCUUUUGGCAAGCGCUUCAAACUCGACGCCCGCAACACCACCUUCAACAUCGAUCUCCACCUUCAUCUCGGCUGAUCUUGGUUCGGCCGCUGCCACGGUGGCGAGUCUCGUUGUCCCGAGUGUGAAAUGAGAAACUCCUCCUCUAGGCAACCGACUUCUUCUCUACACAUCGAGAGUUGGGGGUUUAAAGGGUGGGGGAUUGAGUAGUGUGAGCAGUGCGGUGGCGGGAAAGACGGGUGGGGGAAUCGGGAGAAGAGGUGAAGGGAGUUUUGGGCGGAAGGCGAUGGUUGUACCUUCGCAUGAAGUUCUCGGCAGGAGAAAUCCCGAUUCCGGGGUCGCGAAUCGGCAGAUAAGUGGGAUUCGGGGAAGAAGAGUAAGUGUCGAGCCAUUCAAAAAGUAGAAGAAGAUUGGUGGGUAAUGGUGAGGAGUAAUAUACGCAUCGAUCAGUAUGUCUAUCUCCUUCGCGGGGAAGAGGAAAUUUGGGAAGAACCCUAAUUUCGUUUUCUAGCAAGAGAUGGGGAAGAAGGAAGGCUCGUGCGAAUAAGGUAGGUGGGCGUAUAAGGGUUAAUUUUUUAGAUUGAAUUUUAUUUUUUUAAAAUAAUAAAUAAAUUAUAAAGCUGACGUGUCACUAUUUGCUUAGUUGUCGCUGACGUGUCCGCUGAAUUGGUGCCUCGUCUGCCGAUCGUUAAAUAAGUUGACGGUGUUAUAAACACCGUUAUAGUUUCUAACGAAAAUGGUUAUAUCUGGCACGCAAAACCUUUCAAAAGUGGCUAUUAGUGGUAUUUCGCAAAAGUGGCUAUAAGUGGCACAAAGGUGAUAGUUUUGGCUAUGCAAGUGUAUUUUGCCUUUUUUCUUCUCUCUCAAAUUCAAUUUCUAUGAUUUACUAUCUAGAGUUCCUUUCUCCAGCUCCAAUAGGUGUUAUCAUCUUCGUCAAUUCAGAGAGUGUCCUUCACCCCUUUCACUUCUUUAUGUUGUCUUUGUCUUAUUCUCUUGCCUUUUUUUGUCUUUUUUUUCAUUCGGUCAUUUUUGCACCUUUUCCAUUCGUAUUUUCGGCCCCUCUAUGGGAUUUUUACUACUGCCUCUCCAUGCGAGAUGUUUGUUUUCCAACUCCAGCUUCUUUUUCGGAUUUUCAAAUCUUGAAGUUUUGGGGGGUCUUCUAUUUGGUGAGCAAAAGGGGCUAUGGAUUCCAAUAUGUAGCUCGUCUUCUCGUUGUUUAAUCUUUCUUGUAGCUCAUCGUUUCACCCAACCAGUCAGUGAUCCAAAAAUGCAAUGACCUUUCAUCAUGCAAUGGUCUAUAAGAAGUCUUUUGAUGUUGAAGACAAAGACUCUAUCUCCGAGCUUUAGGGGUCAGCCAAUUGUUAUCGUGAUUUUCCUCCUCUUGCAUGGUGUUUAGUUGGAGCUCAUGAUUGUGUUUGGUCUAGCGAAGUAUGGAUGGAAAUGAGCUUUUGGUGCACUUCGAUUUGCCUUCUCUCGUUCCCCCUCAUCCUUCAUCUAGGUUGUCUUCUUUCCCAUUCUAUUUUCUUUGAUUUCAUAUUGGUUGGUGCUUCCUAGUUCUUGAAGAUGGUAAAGAUAGAGCAUCAGGUUUCUGCGGGGAAGGUGAAGCCACUCGAGGUUCCUGAGUGGAAGCGUGAACGCAUCUCUACAUACUUUGUGUAUGAUUUUCCAAGGACAUAGCGUCCACUUAUUCCCAUAAAUUUCAAACUAGGGGUGGAUGCAUUGGCAAACUUGUAUAUCCAAGAUGUGGUGAGACUACAUAGAGUUAUACUAACCAUUGUAUCAUACCGAGAUCCUACCUUCAUUGAGUAGUGUUGGAACUUUGAAGAGCCUUCACAAGGUUUUAUGGACCAAUCUUCAUUUCUCGAUUGCCUAUCAUCCACAGAUCGAGGAGAAAAUUCAGACAUUAGUGGAUCUAUUGAGAGCUUGUAAUUUGUAUUUAAAGGGAUCGUAGGAUAAAUAUCUUCCUAUAUUGGAAUUCUUAUAACAACCAUUACCACAUCUCUCUGAAUGUCGCAUCAUAUGAAUCCUUGUAUGAAAGGAAGUUUAGACCUCCCUUUUACUAGGAUGAAUAAGGAUUGAUGUAGAUUGAUGGCCCAAAAUUGGUACAAGUAAGAGUGGAUAAGGUGAAGCAAAUAUGAGAAUACAUGAAGUUUGCUGAA